UCUAAUUAAAAACUUAGGAUAAAUAAUUUUUUCUUAACUUUUCGUCAUGACCCUCAAGAUACUCUUUACUCUUACUUUAUACUGGAUAUAUUUAGUUAGAGUAAGAUGUGAAAGGAAGCCAGUAGACUUUGAGAAUAAUGAUUAUUAUCAUUUUCAUUUCUCAGAAGAUGUUGAUAUUGAGGAUUUUUCGCGGGCGUUAGGAUUUAAACAUUAUAUGAAACUAGAAUAUCUGGAUAACCAGCAUAUAUUUUCUAUAGAAAAGAGUGUUUUAGAAGACGAAAUUAAAGAAAAAAUUGAGAAUUAUUUCGGUUUAGAAAAAGGAAGAAAUGCAAUAGAUGGGUUUAAUAGUGACAAGCUUUUUCAUUAUGAGAAACAAAAGUUGGUCAAGCGAGAAAAGAGAAAUGUGAUAAAAGACGAUAUAUAUUUUGAUAACCAAGAUCUUUAUAAUGAUGAAGUUGUCAAUAAUGUUGUAAAAGAUCCGAUGGGAGAUCAGGCAGAAAAUCAGAAGGGAGAUCAGGCAGAAAAACCGACGGUAAAUCCGCCGGUAAAUCUAACAGAGAAGUUAGAGGAAAUUAAAAAACAAUUAAAUAUAAGUGAUCCUUGUUUUGAUAAACAAUGGUAUUUGUUCAAUACGAAAAGCCCUGGUAUAGAUAUAAAUGUUACAGGUGUAUGGUUACAAGGGAUAACGGGAAAAAAUGUAACAGUUGCCAUUGUAGAUAAUGGUCUAGAUUAUACUAACAAGGAUUUGGCUCCAAAUUAUAAUGCUAACGCUUCAUAUGAUUUUGCUUCUAACGAUCCCGACCCAAAACCUGAUGACCCUGAUGAAAGCCAUGGUACUAAAUGUGCAGGAGAAGUGGCGGCCGCCAGGAAUACUCUGUGUGGGCUUGGUGUUGCAUAUGAAUCUAAUAUUUCAGGAAUACGAUUUUUGACUUCUGUUUUUGCGCUUUUUCUUGAGGCAGAAGCUCUUAGUUAUAAACCGAAUGUUAAUCAUAUUUAUUCUUGUAGCUGGGGACCUCCUGAAUACGGAUCUUUAGCUAUGCCAAUGAUGCCUACUACUUAUUCUGCAAUUAUUAAAGGGGUAAAAGAAGGAAGGAACGGUCUUGGCUCUAUAUAUGUUUUUGGAACCGGAAAUGGUGGAUUAUUGGAUGAUUGUAAUUACGAUGGAUAUGCAAAUAGUCCAUAUACUAUUACUAUCGGUGCUAUAAAUUCAGAAGAUGAAAGACCUUAUUUUUCAGAGUCAUGUCCUUGCAUUUUGGCUUCUACAUAUUCUGGCGGAGGAAAUGGAUCUAUUUAUACUACGGAUAUUGGUAAGACAAAUUGCACUACUCAACAUUCUGGAUCUUCUGCUUCUACAGCAAUUGCUGCGGGUAUUAUUGCUCUUGUUCUUUCAGCGAAUCCUAAUCUUACAUGGCGUGAUGUUCAAGCUUUGAUUGUGGAGACAGCUGUUCCAUUUAGAUUGGACUAUCAUGAAUGGGAACAACUUCCUUCUAAACGUUAUUAUCAUAAUAAUUUCGGUUAUGGAAAACUAGAUGCAUAUAGAAUGGUCGAAAGAGCAAAAACAUUUAAAACAUUAAAUCCUCAGACAACGUUUUCAACUCAACUAGUAAUUGUUAAUAGGAAAAUUCCUAAUCCCAGUAGACAUAUCAGGAGCAGUUUUUAUAUUCAUAGUGGAUAUCCUGAGUAUUAUAACUUUAAAAAUUUGGAAUAUGUUGGUGUUUCAUUUUAUUAUAAACACAAAAAAAGAGGUUUUCUGGAGUUUAGUAUUACAAGCCCUGCUAAUGUUACUUCAAAAUUAACACGUGUACGUUUUCGUGAUACUGAAAGUGGCACUUUUUUUUGGACUUUUACGACUGUAAAGCAUUGGGGAGAAAGCAUUGUAGGUUACUGGACUAUCGAUGUUAAAGAUAGAAAUAGUUGGGAUGAAGAAAGUCAUAUUUUUCUUUGGCAACUUCAUUUUUUCGGAGAGUCUAUUAAUUCAAGUAAACCACAACCUCAUCCUCAAUAUCCUUUUAAGCAUAUCCUUCCAACUACUGCGCCUCCGCCAGAUCCAACUACUGCGCCUCCGCCAAAUCCAAUUACUACGCCUCCGCCUUCAUCAGAUCCUGGGUCUCAACCUCCAUCAAAACCUGGGCCUCAACCUCCAUCAGAUCCUCAACCUCCAUCAGAUCUUAAACCUCCAUCAAAACCAGAUGCUAGGCCUCGACCUCCAUCAGAUCCUAGCUCUCAGCAAGAUCCAGAUACUUCGCUUUCAUCAAAUCCAACUUCUACAUCUUCAUCAGAACCACCACCACCAUCACCACCACCACCACCGCCACCGCCACCUGCACCUGCACCUGCACCUGCACCACCUCGGCCGGAACUAGAACCAGAACCAGAACCAGGACCAGAACCAGUGCCACAACCACCACAGCCACAACCACCACAGCCACAACCAGAGCCACCUGCACCUCCACCAAAACCACAACCACCACCACCAUCACCACCGGAACAAAAACCAACAUCAAUAACUUCAUCUACAUCUACGACUUCAUCAAGCAAAACUAAAAUAUCAACCACUCGAAAAGCUUCAUCUACUAAAGCUUCAUCUACUACAAAAACUUCUACACGGCCGUCUCCUACUGAGGGUACUUUUACUGGAUCAAGUGCUUCUCAUCUUUCAUUCUUCGAAAAAAGGCAUUUGUUACUUCAAAUGAUAUUAUUGAUUUUUGAGAAAACGGACAUCUCAGUGAUAGACUUUCUAUAAUUGAAGCUCUUAAUGAGAAGUCUAAUCUAAAUAUAUCUUAAGAAAUCGAAAAGGCUGCUAUGUUGAAAAAACCGUUAAUUCAUUCAAUAUUAGUGAUACCAGUGAUUUUGAUCUGCAUGAACAACGUACUCUUUAUAUU